GGCUUAUUUUGUAAUACCUUGUAGUAAGUUGUAUCAGUACCUUUUGAGUUACCGGUACUCUUCAUCACGAAUCAAAGCCUUUGGAUUGAGCAUUGUGGCAAUGGAGUUGCCUAUCGUUCAGCCUUUUUUAUUCUUUUUGAGUAAAAUGGGUGACGAGUUUGGCAGGAUGGCAAUAGCAUGGCGCUGUUCUCUCGUCGCUUAGCAGUUAGCAGAAUCUGGGGCCUCCAUGCAAUGCCGAAAAGCUCCCUGAAAGUCCCGAAAGGCACCGCAGCGGCGGCGAUGGCAUCAGCAACAGCUCCACCUACUUCAAAAACUAGUCCUGUUGGGCUGAACAAGAAUGGUUGUAUAGCUAUCCAGAUCCAUGCUAAGCCAGGCGCAAAGAUCAGCUCACUUGCAGGGCUCAGCGACGACGGAGUAGCUGUUCACAUUGGAGCGCCAGCACGAGAUGGUGAAGCAAAUGCAGAGCUGCUUCGUUUCCUUGGAGAUGUCCUGGGCAUUCGAAAGUCAAUGCUGUCCUUAGAUAAGGGAUCAAAAUCACGCUCGAAGGUUGCUGUGCUCGACAGCUGUGUGUCGUUGAGUGCCGACUCUGUGAUGGAACGCCUUCGUGAUGCAGCCGUGGAGUGAGUUGGUAACACUUCUGCAGGUGUGUUGACUCGUCUUAUGAAGAAGAGAUGUUGCGGCGGUGCCAGUCCAUCUGCUGGAGUACGAUGUCGGUGAUUGUGAGAGGACACGUGUCCGCUUGACUCUCUCCAUUUCUCCCCAUCUCUCAUGUACAUGACAUCAUGCAGUGUUCAGUGCUGCCACUGCUGCGCCUAUGAAAGACAAGGGCAAUGUAUAGCCCAUGUGGCGCAGUGUUUGUGCCUUUACUCCGCAAGCAGUACUUGUUUUCAUAAAGUCACGGUUUUAAAAUGUUGCACUAACGUGUGU